AUGGUGGGAAAGCUGCGCGCAAUGUGGGGCGACCUGGGGUUUGUUUUGGCAUGCCGAGAUCUUUGUGACCAGCCAGAGUGGGCCGCGACAAAGACGACGGGUCUGGCACCGCCGAUUGAGGAGGAGGAGGAGGAGCCCCAGGAUGGCAACAGUGGUCCCUUGCAGGGCGUGUGCAGCCCUGCAGCCAAUGGACACGCGGCCAACGCCUCUGGAGGCACCAGCCUCCUGCAUUAUCCCCUACUGUCCUCAGAGCGCGACCCGGCAGUUAGCAGAGCUACUCCCUCUGGCCCCCACCACGGGCUCAAAACGGCUAGCGUAUUCUCCGGCCUGGCUUGCCCAGGAGAGACCUUCACACGCUCGCCCACCAGACCAUACUAUCCCAACGCCAACCUCAUCCACACCACCAACAUCCUGCCUGGCGGUGCAUCAGUCACAAUGCCUGCCUACAACUCCAUCUUCAACGCCGACCCCAACGAGCCGCGGCUGAUCGGGAACUUCCCGCUGCUGCCCCUGCGCACAAAGACCCGCGGGCCAGCCUACACGUUGCCCUUCCCCAACCCGCCCCUGCCCGCCCACGAGUCGCCCGACGCCGAGUCCGAGAGUUACGACAUCCUCGACGAGGUCCUCGCCCUCUUCCGCGCAAACACCUUCUUUCGCAACUUCGAGCUGCAGGGCUACGCCGAUCGCCUGCUCGUCUACGGCAUCUGGUUCGUCAGCGACUGCCUCACCAAGAUCAAGCCCACCGCCGACGUCAGGACCGCCACCAAGGAUGUCAUGAACCUGGCCCUCGACCUGCAGUUCGCCAUCCCCGGCGACCCGGGCUGGCCAUUGAACCAGAUGUACGAGCCCCCACGAGACAGGCAAGACGCCGAGCAGCUCAAGCAGUAUAUGUCCCAGGUGCGCCAGGAGCUGGCCACGAGGUUACUGGCGCGCGUCUACGCCGAUCAGGACGACAAGCCCAGCAAGUGGUGGUUGAGCUUCAACAAGAGGAAGUUCAUGGGCAAGUCGCUGUGA